CUCGCAGCGAGAGCCCCGAGCCCGAUGUCGGCAGGACGCCCGUGUGGGGCCAUCCCUCCGACCCUGACUGGAUAACGUGCUUGCUGCCUUGCACUGUGAAUAAUUCCCGAUAAAGCCAGCCGGACACGGGACUCCUUCCUGCAGGGAACCCCCGCCCUGCGCAGAGUGAGCACCCCGGGGCACCGAUCCCGCUAGAUUUGGGUGCCCGCGCUCCUCCAGCCGAGGAGGUGCAACUGCGGCGGACGAACAUGAAAACCUGGGUUUGUGAUUUGGGGCAGAAACUGGAGAUUUUCACCCCUUUCUUGGGCAAGUACCGCCCAUUCGUGGGGCGUUGCUGCCAGACCUGCACCCCGAGGAGCUGGGAUUGCUUCUACCACGAGCAAUUCUCCUCUCUCGGCUUCCGCAACAUCAUCCGGAGAACCACUGCCACUGUACAGGGCUGUUGGGAUGCCUCUCCGUCAUCUUUGCUAGCCACAGUCCAGUACAGGGGUUGGCUGGUUCGGAGACUUUGUUAUUUCCUCGCUGUCUUGGAUUGGAAAGUUCCUGCUGAUGCCCCCGGGGACCUCGCAGAGAGGAUCUGCCGCAGUAAGAGGGUACAGGAUGUCGCUGCUGGCCAGGCCCGUGGCUCUACAGGGGACGGCAAGUCCCCCCUGCGGUGGAGGGACAAAGUACUCAAGAUCCUGGCUGAAAUUCAGGCCCCGCUCUCCCUUUUCAUGCUGAGGCUGUGCGGCUGGGCUCUGCUCAGGCUCCUGAACCACCUCUUCCUCAAUGUGCAGCUCCACCGAGGGCAACUGGAGAUGGUGCUGAGAGCCGCCAGGACGCCCGGCGUGCCGCUGGUUUUCCUCUCGACGCACAAGUCGCAGCUAGAUGGGCUGCUGCUCUCCUUCGUCCUCUUCUCCCAAGGCCUGGGGGUGCCCAGAGUGACGGUGGGUGGCCAAACCUGCAGUCGUCACCUCCGGGCCUUGCUCAGCAGCCUGGGAGGCGUUUUCCUGCCCACAAGGACAGAGCGGAUGCGGAGUGGCCAGGACGAAGAGCUCUCGGGAGCUGUGCUCGCUGCGUACGUCGAGGAGGUGCUGAAGAGCCAGCAGCCUCUGCUGAUCUUCCUGGAAGAGCCCUUCUCCGGCACCCUGCAUCUCUCUGCCCCUGCUUGGGAGUGGCUGGCCCUGGUGUACCGAGCUUUGCGGGACAGCGCCGUCUCCGACGUCCUCCUGGUCCCCGUGGGCAUCGCCUACGACGUAGCCCCCGACGGCCACUGCGCGGGGCAGGCGCACGGCGCUCGGCCCCUCAGCCUCCGCGCCUGCCUCUGGGCAGCAUGCCGAGCAUUGAGCCAGGAGUUUGGCUGCGCCCGGGUGGACUUCGCCCAGCCCUUCUCCUUACAGGAGUUUGUGGCAAAAAACCUUGUCAGGCGGAGCUGUGCAGGGAAGUCGCUGGAGGAGCUGCUGCUGCCUACUGUCCUCGGCACGGGCUCCAGCCAGGUGGAUGGCAACAAGGCAGAGGUUUGGGGUCCAGGCGCCAGAACAGCUGCCGGCUUGAAACCAGAAGAAGAAAUAUUGGUGACCAAGCUGGGCCUGCACGCCCUGAGCGACGGCGUUGCCUGCUCCGCUGUCAUGGCUGUGGGGAUCACGUCUGCGCUGCUGCUGCACAAGCACCGCGAGGGUGUCUUCCUCUCCCGCCUCAUGUCCGACUUCUCAUGGCUCCUGGAGGAGAUCCUGCUGCGCCACCACGAUGUGGGCUUCUCGGGGCAGCUCCGUGCCGUGGUGCCGCACAGCCUCUCCCUGCUCAGCGCCCGCCUCGCCCUGUACCGCCUCUCACCCCCCGGUGACAUCCUGGUGGUGCCCGAGGCCUCGGCAGUGGCCCAGCGGGAGCUGGGCCUCCACAGCGUGGCCCUCCUGCCCGUCUUUGCCAGCGAGGCGGUGGGAGCCUGUGCCAUCCGCGCUUUGCUAGUGGAGAUGCUGCCCUUCCUGGGGGUGCCUGCUGGGCCCUGCGGUGUGGUGCUGAGCCGGGAUGAGCUGCACCGCAAGACCCUGGCGCUGCUCUGGCUCCUGCCCCCCAACCUGCUGGGGCUCCAGCCCUGCCAACCCCUCGAGUGCUACAGCCAGGACGUCUUGGACAAGCUCAUCCGGUGCGGGCUGCUGGAGGCUGAAGAGUCGGAGCGCGAGCACCAGCUCUGCGACGUGGCCCGCCGGCCCUUCCUCAGGAGGCCACCCUGGACAGAGAUGGACUUUGCGGACAGUGACAGCGACGAUGAGGACAACGCCGGCAAGCGCUGCUUCAAGCUCUGCCAGCCUCGCAGCUCGCCCGAUUUCCUCCUCUUCCUCUGCCGGCUCCUGAGCCCUGUUCUGAAGACCUACGUGAGGGCGGCCGCUUUCCUGGAUGAGGCCAGCUGGCCCCAGCCCGAGCCUGCCUACGUGGACACGCUGCAGCGGUUCCUGGCCGAGGACGGCGGUUUCGCGUACGCCGAUGGGAGCCUGGCACUGAGCUCGCUGCAGACCUUCAAGGAGAUGGGGGUGCUGAAGGAGGUGGCAAGCCCCGCGGGACCCCUUCUGCACCUCGGCGAGCCCUUCCGCUCCAGGGAGAACCGGGAGAAACUCGUGGCUUUCAUCCAGCAGUUUGCGGAGCCAUGAGCCACCGUGGACCGCCGGUGCCAAUAAACGCGGCGCAGAGGGAGCAGGUA